AUGAUUGCAGAGGUACUCUUCAUCUUCUGGCGCCUGACGGAAAUCGUCUUUUUGAUUCCGAUCAUUGGCAUGCUGGCAUACUUUGUCAAUGGCUUCAUCAACGCAAACCAACUCACCCCAGCCUACAUCCUCGUCCUCUUCAUUGUCAGCACAAUCGCCGUCUUCUGGUGCAUCGACACCAUCCUCCGUUUCGGCAGCACGCGCCGCUCAGCCAUCUUCGUUGCGUUUCUCGAUAUGUGUUUCUUCGGUGCCCUAAUCGCUGGAGUCUAUCAGCUGCGCUUCAUCGCCGGUGCUUCCUGCACAAGCUGGAGCAAUAGUACUUCCUCCGUCUCACUCGGUCCAUUCGGAUCAAUUGUGUAUACAGGCGAGACACCAAACUUUAACAAGACUUGUUCCAUGCUCAAGGCUUCCUUUGCCAUGGGCAUUAUGGAGGUGGUGUUUUUCACUAUCACUGCGUUCUUUGCGCUGUUGAUUCAUAGGCAUCAUCAUGAUACGGUGGUGAAGGAGACGGUGGUUCGGCGUCGCAGUCAUAGCAGUCGUCGGGGCCAUCAUCGCAGUCGCAGUGGCUCAUCUAGUCGACGACACUAUGUGGUAUGA